CAAAUAAGAAGUUAAUUUAAUUAAAUAUGGUUGAUAUAAAGGCAAUAAAAGCCCAAAUACGAUCUGUUCUGCUCAGUCUUGGAAAGACUGCCACAGAACAGGAAUUUCGGAAGGCAUACUAUGAAAUUGAAGGAGCAAACUUUAAUGAAGUACUUAGAGAACUUAAAAUAAACUUUCACGACUUGUUUUUGAGAAUUCCGGAUGUUGGCAAGAUAGUGUAUGCUUAUAAUCAGGUCUUUAUCCAAAGAGUAUCAAAUGAAGCAACUGCACACAUGGAAAAUCUUACAGUUAACAAGUAUUCUAAAAACUUUCGUGGACCAAAGCUUGUAACUAAAAGUGGUGCAAUAAAAGGACGACCAAUGACACAUUCAUUAAGCAUUAAAGCACCUGAUUACAUGCCAUAUCCAAUGAAUACAGCUCCUCCGGUUCCUUUUCGACAAAAUCGAUCAUAUGGAUAUGAAAAACCAGUUCAGAACAAUUUCAACAUGAGAGUUACAACUGGAACCAAUAAUUAUAAUCGAAAUGUCCAGUGCUAUUAUUCCAAAACUGCAAGUUCGUCUUACAACAGGCCAGCAGUUUCAUCUUCAAUGGCAAUGAGUUCAAAUCAGUCAUAUAAAAAGCCAGUUUCAUCUUCAAUAAACUCAAAUCAGGUAUUUAAUAGACCUGUGGCUUCAUCAGGAAUGUCGACGAGCUCAAAUCAUUCAUCUAGCUUUGCAAACAUUUCAAACACAUCGACCAGAAAAGAUUUAUACGCACAAAUUACAGAUAAAGUCAAAAAUACGCAGCAAACAUCCAGCACAGCUAGCAAUUCUGGAAUGCUUUCAAAAACUACUAGAAUGCCAUCACCACCAAGUGAUAUAAGCAGCAUAUCCUCAAUUGAUAGCGAAUCGAUUGGGAUUGCUGAAGAUUUUAAAGACGCUAAUCUAAAUAUAUCGAGUGUCAAGAGUGAAUAUGAAGAUGCAUUAGAAGAGACAUUAACGACAUCUCCAAAGGCUCCCGCAGAACCGCUAAGAAUUGCACCGAUGGCUUCAACAACAAAAUUUACUCCAAAACCUUCAGUCACGAGCUUAUUGAGAUCCAGUAAACAGGAAGAAGUCGCAGAUUUGACGAAAUUGCAAGAAUUAGCUGAUCAAGUUGGAACGCUUAAAUUAAAUGAUACAAACAUCAGGUCGAGUCCUUUAAUGGCUAGGCAACGCUUAAGGUCAAUGAGAAUUUUCAGAGAAGCUUUAAAUGAUCUUAAUAUUCAAACUAAUCAAGACAAAACAUCACAAGGCACAGCAUCAGUAUUUGACAUAAAAGAUAUUAUUACACUACCAGAUCCAAUUCAAAAUGAAGAGGAACUGUUCUUCUUCAUAAAAGUCACUGAUGUUGCAUCGCCUGGAAAAUUUGUCUUUCAAUUUUCAUUUGAAAAGCUUAAACAGCUCAGCAGCAGCAUGAAUAAAUUCUAUAACAAUUUACAUGACCUUAAAACGUAUCAAGUUAAGGAUUUUGUUAAUGACAAUAUUGUCGCUAUUCGUAAAAAUGAUUUGUGGUAUCGUGGACAAAUUAUAUCAUUUAAUGAGACUGAAGCUAACAUCCAGUUAGUUGAUUCGAUGAAAAUUAAGCCGCACAAAGUUUUAUGCAAAAAUAUUUUCCAUCUUCAUCAAAAAUUCACAACAGAAUCACCAAAAUCAGCAUUCGGAAAGCUUCAUGGAUUGAAGGCAAUUGAUGGAGAAUGGAAUAUGCUUAGUACAGCAAAAUUGGACUCAAUUCAUGACCAAUUAUUAUUGGCUACAGUCAAAAACAUUGAUGAUGGAGUUUUUUCUCUGUCUAUCAUAGCUGAAACAAGGAAUUUUAUACGGUUAAGUGACAUGAUUAUUGAGAAUAAUCUUGCUGGUAUAGAACUUGAAGAUUUGGCAACUGAAGCUGUUUUUCGAUCUUUAGUAUAAUGGAAGUUUUAUACGACUUUUAUUUUUCGUUAAAUUUAAUAUUUUUUUACCUUAAUCUACAGAAGUAAUGAAAAGACUUAUGAAAAUUAAUAAUCUUAGAAGAAUUGGAAGGAUUUAUAAUAAAUAGAGGAUUUGAAAACCGUUUUCAAAAGAAACUGUCAACAAUUAUUUGACAUUUAUUGGUAAGACUGUAC